CUAGACCCAAAGGUUUUAGCCAAUUACAGACCAAUAUCUAACCUCCCCUUCAUUUCUAAAAUCUUAGAAAAAGUGGUAGCCAAUCAGCUGUGUGAGUUUCUCCAGGAAAAUAAUAUAUAUGAAGACUUUCAAUCGGGGUUUAGAGCCAAUCCCAGUACAGAGACAGCCUUGGCAAAAGUCACUAAUGACCUUUUAAUAGCCUCAGAUCAGGGACUUGUGUCUGUCCUCGUUCUGUUAGAUCUCAGUGCAGCAUUCGACACAAUUGACCAUCAAAUUUUAUUACAAAGACUAAAACAGUUAAUUAACAUUAAUGGAACCGCCCUUAACUGGUUUAAAUCGUAUUUUUCUGAUCGCUCCCAAUUUGUGCAAAUUAAUGAUGAGUCAUCUGUGCGCACCAAAGUUAAUCAUGGUGUUCCACAGGGCUCUGUGCUCGGCCCAAUUUUAUUCUGAUUAUAUAUGCUUCCACUAGGAAACAUUAUCAGGACACACUCGGUAAAUUUCCACUGCUAUGCGGAUGACACCCAGUUAUAUUUGUCAAUAAAACCUGAACAAAGUAAUCAAUUAACUAAACUUCAAACAUGUCUCAAGGACAUAAAAACCUGGAUGACCCGCAAUUUUCUCUUAUUAAACUCAGACAAAACAGAGGUUAUAAUACUUGGCCCCAAACACCUUAGAGAUGCAUUAUCUAAUGAUAUAGCUGCGCUAGACGACAUUGCCCUUGCUUCCAAUGAAACAGUCAGGAACUUGGGAGUGAUCUUCGAUCCUGAUUUAUCCUUUAAUAGUCACUUAAAACAAAUUUCUAGGACCGCUUUUUUCCACUUGCGUAAUAUUUCAAAAAUUAGACAUGUCCUUUCACAAAAAGAUGCAGAAAAACUAGUCCACGCCUUUGUUAAAUCGAGACUGGACUAUUGUAAUUCAUUAUUAUCAGGCUCCAGCAGGAAGUCGUUAAAGACUCUACAGCUUGUCCAAAAUGCCGCAGCACGUGUCCUGACGAGAACAAAGAGAAGAGAGCACAUUUCUCCAAUAUUAGCAUCGCUACACUGGCUUCCAGUUAAAUCUAGAAUAGAAUUUAAAAUUCUCCUCCUCACCUUCAAGGCCCUUAAUAAUAUAGCGCCUUUAUACCUUAAAGAGCUGUUAAUACCUUAUAAACCCACUAGAGCACUCCGCUCCCAGAAUUCAAGCCUACUUGUCGUCCCUAAAUUCUCUAAAAGUAGAGUAGGAGCCAGAGCUUUUAGCCAUCAAGCCCCUCGGCUGUGGAAUAAUCUACCACUUUCAGUUCGGGAGGCAGUCACCAUCUGUUCGUUUAAAAAUCCAGGGCCUCUGUGGCCGCACCAUGGAUUACGGUUUGUGGAUCGCGCACCGGGGGUCGCGGUGUUGGAUCCAGUGUGGCGGAUUCUGAGUCAUGUGGGCUGAUCGUGGUGCUGGUGGCGGACCCUGUGUCGCGUUGGCAUUGGGCACGGGCGGUGGACCAGGACCGCGGUGGUGGCUUGUGAUGGGUCCUCCUGGUGGGCGGCGAUGGACGGUGACUGAGGACUGGAGUGGCGUCUGGUCUGGAUGGUGGAUCGUGGUCUAGAUGGUUGCUGAGCAUGGACUGUGCUUGCAGCGGGACUGCUUGGCAUGUCAUGUUGGGGUUGUCCUUCGGGAUGUCUACCCUCAUCAAUGCUGCUAGAGACUUUGAUUAUUGAUGAUGUUGUCCUGCACGUGGCAUCUAUUGCACUUCUGUCCGUCCUGGGAGAGGGAUCCCUCACAUGUGGCUCUCUCUGAGGUUUCUACAUAUUUUUACCCUGUUAAAAGUUUUUUUUGUAGUUUUUCCUUACUCUUGCUGAGGGUUAAGGACAGAGGAUGUCACACCCUGUUAAAGCCCUAUGAGAUGAAUUGUAAUUUGUGAAUAUGGGCUAUACAAAUAAAAUUUGAUU